UAUCGAAAAGAUGACAACAAAAACGGAAGGAGAGACAAGCAUUCAAAGCUAUAAUGGCAAUAAUGACUUAGGCCACAUUCCAAAAAGUCGUUCAAUCAAACAAAAAGCAAAACGAUUCGCAAAAAGUCUAAUUUCAAAAGAUGCAUGGAUUGGAGAUCAUGAUUAUGCUACUUUACUCAUACCCACAAUCCCAUUUGUAACAAAAACAAAAAGGGAAUUGCCAUUCUAUGGAGUUCACGAUCGGAUACCCUACUUUCUACUUCUUAUCUUAGGCUUUCAGCAUGCUCUGGCAAUGGUGGGCGGUGUGGUAACGCCUCCUCUACUGAUUGGAGGAUCCAGUGGGGCAAAUUUGAACGAGGAUGAUGUUCAAUACAUCGUUUCUGCUUCGUUGAUAUGGUGUGGGUUAGGAACGAUCCUACAGAUAUCACGUUUUCAAUUACUCAAAUCGAGAUACUUUAUAGGCACCGGGAUCUUAAACGUGACUGGAACUUCUUUCGCUUUCGUGAAUGUGGCAUUAGCAUAUCUCUCGCAAGCAUAUGCAUCUGGUAUCUGUCCAACUGCUGCAGACGGUACAAAGCUACCUUGUCCAAAAGAAUUCGGAGCAAUAUUAGGAACAGCUUCUUUAACUGGUUUAUUCUUUAUCGGUCUAGCAUUCAUUCCGCCAAAGCUUAUCAGAAGACUGUUUCCACCAUUGAUCGUUGGAAUGAUGUUAUUCUUGAUCGGUGCUUCACUCGUCAAAAGUGGAAUAACAAAUUGGGCAGGCGGUUCUGGUCCUUGUAUGAGUGACCAUUCGAUGUUAUGUCCUUCGAACAAUGCUCCAGUCACAAAACAUCUUUGGGGAUCAGCUCCUUUGAUCGGAUUAGGAUUUUCUGCUUUUAUCACAAUUAUCAUUUGUGAACUCUUUGGAAGCCCUUUCAUCAAAUCUGCUUCGGUUUUCAUUGGUUUGAUUGUUGGAAUGAUUAUUGCCGGUGCACUUGGAUACUUUGACAAAUCGACGAUUGAUUCUGCGCCUGCUUUUACCUUUUUAUGGGUCAAAACGUUCCCGCUCUCUUUACGGGGUCAGCUGGUUCUGCCAAUGCUGGCUGCUUGGUCAGUCAUUUGUGCAGAAACGGUUGCCAAUGUGACCGCAGCUUCCGAUGUUUCACAAUUACCAAUCGAAGGAGAACAAUUUGAAUCAAGAAUUCAAGGCGGUUUGGCUGCUGAUGCACUUUCCGCUUCACUUGCACCGUUAGCAAUGAUUUCUCCUUUGACCACAUUCGCACAAAAUGCAGGUGUGAUUGCAAUCACCAGAAAUGCAUCUCGCAAUGCAGGUUACGUUUGUGCAAUCUUUUUGUUCAUCAUGGGAAUUGUGGCAAAAUUCGCUGCAAUCUUUGUCGCUUUACCUCCUUCUGUUUUAGGCGGCUUUUCUACCUUUCUUUUUGGAUCAGUUGCCGUUUCUGGAAUUCGUGUAAUGGCAUACGCAAAGUGGGAUAGACGUGCUCGUUUUAUUGCCACUUGUGGAAUGUCCUUAGGUUUGGCUUCUUUAUGCGUUCCUACUUGGUUUGAUUAUUUCUUCACUUAUUCGGGAAACAAUCAAGGUCUCAAAGGAUUAAUUCAAGCUGUUGUGUUAGUGGUCGAAGAGCCUUAUCUGAUUGCUGCUAUAGUCGGUAUCUCGCUCAAUGCCGUACUGCCUGAAGAGUCUGGCUUUGUUUCAACACCUUCCAACAUUGAAGAAGGUCGGCUAUCAUCAGAAGAUCAUGUAGAAGCACCUCAAAGAGAAGAAGAGGAUAAAUCAAGAAUGACUCCUAGCGAAAGCCUCGAUCAACCUCAACAGUUUGAUGAAAAUACCAAGUAUUGAUUGCACUGCCCUUCACACACACACCUGUAUAGUACUAUUUGCACGUCAUUCAUGUAGCUUCAAAUUGCAUAUUACACAUGCCUGCUUAAAAAGAGAAAUAAUCCGAAAAUGUACUCCAAAGUUAAUCUUCGAUUCAACAAAACAGACUUCCACGUCC